ACAUUUCGUCUAUUAAUGUUUGACAUUUUGGUUUGACCUGUUGUGAAUAAAAUCCAGAAAAAUGCCCGUCGAUUUGAUCAGCUAUUUAUAUGCGGCCACAGUUGCUGCCGGAGGAAUUGCUGGCUACGUUAAAGCUGGUUCGAUACCAUCUCUCUCCGCUGGAUUGGCGUUUGGUGCAAUUUUGGGUUAUGGUGCGCACUUGAAUUCACAGAGCCCACCGAAACCACUAUUCCAAUUGGGUGCAUCAUUAACACUGGCAGGAAUAAUGUACAUGCGUUACGCGAAGAGUGGAAAAAUUAUGCCGGCUGGUGUGAUCUGCUUGCUUUCAGCUGCUUCAUUCGUUCGCAAUGUGAUUGUUUACAAUCAACAUCUUCCAGUUAUUGGUCGAGGCCAAUGGUAGACGCGUAAAACAUUUGCAUUUUAACCGGAAAAUAAAACUUUAUAUUUUAUGGGAAUAAGAGAUUUUUUAAUUCCAUCGCCCAUGAAUAUUUUUUUACACCAAACUCUGUAGACUUUUCAUAGCUAAAAUAAAUAAGGGUGCCCUCCUUCUACUAGUA